AUGGCAACCUAUGUAGUCCCAAGUGCAGUAGUUGUUGAAGUCCUCAGUAAUGAAAACUAUGAGAACUGGAGAUGCUGUAUGAAAAGCUACUUGUUAGCUCAAGGUCUAUGGGAUAUUGUUGAACCAACUACUGGAGCUUCUGAUGACAAGAACGCGGAAGUUGACUCUAAGCCUCCUGAUAGUGAAGAAGCUGCCAAAGCCAACUCUCAAACUUCUGAUAAUCAAGAAGCCGCGCCCGUUGUUGAUCCACAUACCAGACCUCCCAAUGAAAAGGGCUCUGAAGUCGACUCUAAGGCUCCUGAUAAUGAAGAGGUUGCCAAAGCAGACUCUCACACUACUUCUGAUAAUCAAGAAGGUGCUGGAGCAGACACCAUUGCUUCUGAUAAUCAAGAAAUUGCUAAAGCCGAUUCUAAGGCUCCUGAUAAUCAAGAAGGCGCUCAAGCCAACUCUAAGAAGGAUGUUGAUUAUCAAGAGAUUGCCAAAGUCGACUCUAAGGCUCCUGAUAAUCAAGAAAGGGCUCAGACUAAUUCCGAGGCUUGGUGUAAAAGGAACGCAGCUGCUUUACAUGCCAUUCAAAUUUCAUGUUCACCAGACAUAAUUUCCAAGAUUAGGACCAGUGAUUCGGCUAAAGAAGCUUGGGAUGCUUUGGAAAAUAUGCAAAAAUUGCAGCUACAAACAGCGGAACCACUAUUACUUGGAGAGAAUGCAAGUCUUGUUCAGAACGCAUAUACUCGGUGGCUUGAACUCAACAAGCUUGCAUAUUCAGGGAAUUGGGAUUCUGUAAAAAGAUUUCUUGACCAUCAUCCGGAUGCGAUAAAUGCUAAAAUUACAUCUAAUGGGGGAACAGCUCUUCAUGUAGCGACUGUCGGCGUAAAUAUGGAAGUUGGGGAAAAGCUGGUAGAGUUUAUGUCACCAGAAGACUUGGAAAUAGUAGAUAAUUAUGGUAAUACAGCCCUUGACCUUGCGGCUUGCCUAGGAACGGAAAAGAUGGCCAAAUGCAUGAUCAGAAAGAACAAAAAAUUGGUUAACCUUCUUAAUGGAAUAGGACGUAUUCCAGUUGUAGAAUCUUGUUGUGGAAACCAUAAGGAUCUGACCCAUUAUCUUUAUUUUGUAACUCCAUUGGAACUACUAAAUCAAGACAAUGGCUGCCAUGGAUCAUUGCUCCUUCAGUUUUCUAUAACGUGCAAAAUGUUUGGUACGAGCUACCCUCUUCAAAGCUAA